AUGGCCGUCCCACGCGAUCCAGCGUUCUGGAAGCGCUUCUCAGUCGCAGUCCACGAGGAUGAAGAGACGGGCACACAAGAGCUGAAGUCUCCUGACUCCUGGCUUGCCCGCCAAAACAAGAAGAAAUCGCAACGAACCUACUGCUGCUACGGCUUCUGGAUCGGAUUCCUCAUCUUCAUCGCCGCGGUCGUGGCAGUCAUCAUUUGGUUGCUGAGCUCGGGAAUGUUGACCGGUGAUCAUCAGGACGUGACGGAGGUGGAUUUGGGAGGAGAUGGUAGUUCAAGCUAA